AUGGAGCGGCAGCUGUUUUGCCUUCUCGGGCUGCUGGCGGCCGCUGUGGCAAGCCCUCUCCUCUGGCAGAAGGAAUGCGUGAAGGGCCCGGAGGUGUGGUGCCAGAACAUCCGGACAGCGUCGCAGUGCGGGGCACUGAAGCACUGCCAGCAGAAUGUCUGGAGCAAGCCUACUGUAAACAGUAUCCCCUGUGACUUGUGUAAGGAACUGGUGACAGUGGCUGACAAGGUUUUGAAGGAUAAUGGCACUGAGGAUGAGAUCCGCUCCUACUUGGAGAAGACGUGUGAGUUUCUUCGUGAUGAAAGCCUGGUCUCUGAGUGCAAAGAAAUUGUGGAUUCCUACCUACCAGUUAUCAUGGAUAUGAUCAAAGAAGAACUAGAUAAACCUGAAGUUGUGUGCAGUGCCCUUGCAUUGUGCCAGUCCCUUCAGAAGCAGCUUGCAGCAAUGAAGCUUCAGAAACAGCUCCAGUCCAACAAGAUACCAGAGCUGGACUUCUCUGAGCUGGCAUCCCCAUUCAUGGCUAAUGUGCCUCUUCUCCUUUACCCUCAGGACAAACCCAAGCAGAAGUCUAAGGGAACUGGGGAUGUGUGCCAGGACUGCAUCCAGCUGGUGACUGAUGUUCAGGAAGCUGUGAGGUCAAACUCCACUUUUGUCAAGUCUUUAGUUGCCCAUGCCAAGGAGGAGUGUGACCGUUUGGGACCUGGAAUGUCUGAUAUGUGCAAGAGCUAUAUCUCUGAAUAUUCUGACUUGGCUAUCCAAAUGUUGAUGCACAUGCAACCAAAGGACAUUUGUGCCAUGGUUGGGUUCUGUUCUUCGGUGAAGUCUGUUCCCCUUCAGACUCUGGUGCCAGCUCAAGUGAUUCAUGAAGUGAAAAUGGAAACUGUGGAGAAAAUCACAGUUGAAGAGAAAGCUCUUUCCUUGUGUGAAAUAUGUGAGACCAUGGUGAAAGAAGUGACUGGCCUCCUGGAGAGCAACAAGACAGAGGAGGAGAUUGUACAUGAAAUGGAGGUGGUCUGCUACCUGUUCCCAAGGAGUGUCAAAGACCAGUGCAAGGACUUCAUUGAUGUCUAUGGCCAGGCUUUGAUUGACAUGCUCUUGGAGGCAACAAAUCCUGAAGCAGUGUGUGUUAUGCUGAAAUGCUGUGCAGCCAACAAGCCUCCACAGCAGCCAGUUGCAGUGAAACCUGCAGAUGGCUUCUGUGAUAUUUGCAAGAUGGUGGUGGCUUAUGCAGACAAAGAGCUGGAGAAGAAUGCCACGACAGCUGAAAUCGAAGCUUUAUUGGAAAAAGUCUGUCACUUCCUGCCACAGUCUGUCAGUGAUCAGUGUGUUCAGUUUGUGGAACAGUAUGAACCUGUGGUUGUGCAACUCCUGGCAGAGGUGAUGGAUCCCACUUUUGUUUGCACUAAACUUGGAGUCUGUGAAUCAGCUAAACAGCCUCUCCUGGGGGAUGAUGCGUGUGUCUGGGGCCCAGGGUACUGGUGUAAGAACAUGGAGACUGCUGCUCAGUGCAACGCUGUUGAUCACUGCAAACGCCACGUGUGGAACUAGAAGACGACUUUCCAGUCCUGAAAGAUUGCUAUGGCUCUUCAAUGUGGGCCAAGGUUGGCAGAGAGCUCUAUCUCAAAUGUCCCUCCUCUCUGCCUCAUUAACAAUUUGACCUUCAAGUUCCUUUUUAUCGUAACUCUUCUGUAGCAGUACUGCUGUUGAAGGAUCAGAUCUUCGUUGUUGACUUUAACAAAAGAUAUUUCUGAUUGUACAGUUUAACUCAUUAUGCUCCUAAAACCUAGUGUGUUGUAGUUUUUUAAUGGGUAGGCUGAAGUAGGAGUGGUUUUUUGUUUUGAUUUGGGUUUUGUUUUUAUGUUGGUUUUCUUUUUGGGUGCUGGGAAAUAAUGGCAAAGAAGGUAAAACGUGACAAAGCAAUUCUCUUAAUUAAAAAAAAGAACAAGGUGGUGACUAAACUUCCACAUGUCUGUGUGUAGCAUUGGGAGGGUGAAAUGCUUUGAAUUUUAAACAUCUGGCUUGGAAGAUCAAUGUUCUCUGUAACCAUAAGGGAACUCUAAAGGCUAAUGCUCAAUCAGGGAGUCCCACUGGUUGGAAUUUUCAAAGCUCUACAGAUGCGGAGGAGGGGGGGAGGGGGCUCUGUGUGCCCAGCUAACUUCCAGAGUAACUAGUACUAAAAACCAGAAAAGAUGCAGUUGAGUGCCCACACUUUGAUGGCUCAUGGUCUUACCAUAGCUAAGGAAACCUUCAAGCUCUGGUCAUGUCCUUUUGAUUUCCUUGUCCUAAGCAUGCUGUCAAGCCCCGUGCAGGGGGAUUUCAGUCUUUUGAAGCAUGCUGAUGCACUUAAGGCAUCCUUCCCUGUUUGUUUUUUUUUUUUUUUUCCCCCUUAUCCUAGUUGCUCAAUCCUGCUUAGUCUGGCAGCUUCCUACAUGCAGCCAGCUGGGUGCCAAGGAGGUGGGGCAAGCUGAGUUGGUAGAAGACACAAGGGAGAGAGUCAGCAGGGGCUGUGCACAUCUCAAAGAGAGGACAGAAUGCCUGGGUAAAAAAUGUUGGGUGUUGUUUUUUGGUGUGUUUUUUUUGGUUUAUUCCUUGAUUUUUCUCUCAUAGCAUGUUCAGGCCCCUAAAGCUUCAGAAGUGCUUAGAGGCUCAUGGGCAGUUUCAUUGUUGCCACUGUUCUCACUGACUGUUGCCCUUCUGAGCAAUUUGAAGGAUGAU